CAAUCGCAUUUCUGCGCGUUUCUCGUGUGUUCAGGCGAAAGAAGCAACGACAAGGUAACGGAAAGAGUCAUAUGGACUCCCGGGAGCGGCCCCGCCGGCUGCAGCGAGGGGGGAAUGCGACUGAGGAGGACCGGCCGCUCAAAGCCAUUGUGGACGAGAGGUCAUCGGCGCUGCAGGGGUUCGUGGAGAUCACGCGACGAGAAGUGAUCCGGCUGUUGAACUUCACGGUCAAGAACCGGCUGAUCAAGACAUACGGGGAGGACAAACUGCGGCAGAUAGACCAGGACAUCGCCUGCGCACUCGACGGGAUCUUCGAGGGACUCAAUGCAUACGCUGAUGUCACGCUGCGGGUGCUCACCGACAAGCUGCCACACACGGCACUCGCCAGCCUCCCGCCUCCUCCCGUUCCGAGACCACCGUCACCCCCACAAUUGGCCAAGGAGCAGAGGGCAGCCGAUAUUGCGGUUGAGAGGGAGAGGGAGAGGGAGAGGGAGAGGGAGAGGGAGAGGAAGAAGACACGGCUGCCAGAAGGCACCAAGGUGCGCUAUCGCGACUCGCAGGCCUCCCCCGUGCCGCCAGCCUCCCCGGUCCCACCGAUGUCACCUCCCCCGCCACAAGACGAGCAAGAGAAGGGCGAAGAGCCGCAGGCUAUUGAGCAGCCAGAGGCUGGUGCCCCUCCGCCAGAGACCAGCAAGCCUCCCUCGGCUGCAACGGAGAGCGCUGACAAGGGUAUCGUCGGGAUGGAGGGCAUGAACGUAGAAGGGCUGAUUUUGGAGAGGGGGCUGUAUCGCGCCCAGUUGCAGCAGUGUGUGGAGCAGAUACGGUCGCUGCAGGAGCAGUGCGCCGGAUCUGAGAAGAAACUGCAGGCACAGCUGCUCACCUUUCGCGAGACGAGGCGGGCCUAUUACAAGGACCUGCAGCAGCUGAAAGAGAGACUCGGAUGGAGGUCCGCUGGAGGCAUCGGGUUGUGGUUGCAUCUGUUUGUGCAUGAUUUUUGGUCGUGGAUUUGUGUGCAGGGCGGGGACGACUGCGGAAGGCGUGAUGGAGGGUGAAGUGCAGUUUUUCGAUCCCUCAAUGCACAUGGACCCUGAGGCAAAACGCAUCAUCAAAGAGAAGGUGCUCACGCAAGGGAGACACGAACCAAAGGAUAUGUCUCUCUCUUUGUAUCCGUCUGCAGCUGGCAGAGAUCAACGAUACGUUUGAGGCCGAGAAGAACCGUCUUCUGCAGAAGAUCCACAAGCUUCGCGAAAACCUGGAGAGCAAGACGGCCCUCUACCAUGAGUCUGAAGACAAAGCCCACCGCUACCGCCUGCAGCUCAAGACCCUCACACACGCUAUGCGCAAGAAGCUCGGGACCGCCCCACCCAGGAUUGCCGGCGAGGAGGCGGGCGGUUCCGGUGACACACUCGACAGGGGCGACCUCGAUGAGGCGCGAAGUGUGGACCAUGACUCGGUGGAUGACGCUGUCAAGCUGCAGAGGAUGAUGACGGCGACGUCGAUUCCCGACGUGGAUCAUGUCUCGCAGGAAGCGGUCGCCGGCAUCGACAGGCACAAAGCACUUGACGCCCUCACAAGGGUAGACAUACAGACAUGGAUGUACACGCAUGGACUCACCUGCAUGGCCGUACGGCCGUUCAGAUCUUUGAGUUCUUCCGGCGACAGGAGGAAUACAUAUCCAAGAUCCCCGACAUCAUGGACAAGGAGGCGGAGAGCCUCAUACAGCAGCAGAAACAACAGGACGCUGAGGGCCAGGACAAACCCAAAAAGGAAAAGGGAAAGACAGGUAUCAAGAGCGAUGAUUCAUCCACAUACCCAACAGCCGUUUAUGCGCUUGUGCGCCCUCUGCUGUGUCUCUGUCUUGGUCCAGCUCAUGCCGCUCUGUCAGCCAAGGUCAAGGAGCUUCGCCACAGCAUGGCGCCGACCUUCGUGGCCGCCCGCCAAUUCGUGACACGGGCCGCCAACGAGGUGCAGUCACUGGCAGGUCUGAUGAAGCUGCAGCUGCCGACCGUCGAGGGACAGCAAGAGCAAGAGGGCGAAGCACCGGCACCAGCAGGUGACCCCGGGCUUGUGAGGAUGCAACAAGCUGCCAAGCUAGCGGUUGAUGAGGCCAUGAUCGGGGCACAAAGGUAGCUGGGUAGUGAGGCACGGAGACAUGACGUCUGUGUGGGUCAUUUUCUCCUGUUGCUGUGUGCUCCUCUGUCUGCCUGCAGGGAAUUCGACAUAUUUCAGCUGCGUAUCGUGGAAGAAUCAAAAGAGACCAAGAGAAGCGAGGCGGAGUUGCGCAAGAACAAGGCCGAGAUGGAACAGAAACUCACUACCAUGCAACGCGAACUGGACAACGUGCGUACUACACACACACGCACACCACACAAAGCCGCUGGAACAUACGCGCACCACCUAUCUAUCUCUCUCUCUCGCUCUCUCUCUGGUCCUUGUGUAUGCAGGUGACGGGUCAGUUGUCUCAGGCCCAGGACGAGAAUAUCCGCCUGACAGCCGCCAUGGACAACGAGCGAGAGGUGCUGGAGCAGCUCAGAGGACAGCUGGUCGUCCUCAAAGCACAAGCAGCAGCCAAAACUGCAACCAAGGUGCAUUGGCCGACCAAGACGGGAAGACAUUGCUUACGCACACAUUCACCCUUGCUUGCUCCAUGACGAUUAGGGCCACCACAUGGGCACGUCACCCGAGCCAAUGAAGGCAGAAGGGGUGGGCGUGGGGAUCGGUGACGACGAGCAACUGCCCAUUGACACUGGUGAAGCCCUUCAGCCGCCUCCCACACCCGCUGCACAGCCUACUGGUCUCUCGUCUGAAACACGCCACUCAUCCACCCAUCUCAACGAGGUUGGUAUGGUAUGCACCCGUCUGUUUGUGUAGGUGAGAAGUCUGUGUGGGAGGACACCAAGGCUGUGCUGCAGCAGCGGAUCAGUCAGGAGGCGGGCACGUCCAUGGAGGACCAGCCGCCGCCCGAGCCGCCAGCACACGUCUCAGGGCACCCUGCCUUUCAGGGCGAGGGACCGGCGAAUAUCGGCCUACGCGCAGUACGCAAGAGUGACUGACACAAGCCACGCACCGGCUGUAUGUAUCAUAUUGGCUGCGUGUUUUGUUUGUGUGAUGUGCAGCCUAAUGUCACGCUGGAUGAGUUCAUCCCCGAGAUAGCUCGGAAGCUGGCAAGAGCCAGCGGCAUUGGAGUGAGAAGACGACAAUGCGAGUAAAUGCAUACUCACCUCUUGCUUGUCUGCUUUGAUGUCCAACCACAGGAGAUCGCUACAGUGCUCAACAUCGAGUCUCUGGGCCGCGAUCUCAAGUACCUGGUGCGCCGGGAGGCCGAGAAGAUGGCCGGGAGUCAGCUGGCUGCUUUAGAGGAGGAGCAUCGCAAGCGGCUCGAGUUUGAGAGCAAACGAUCGGAAGACCUCAGGCAACAACUGGUACACACACACAUACAGUCCAUUGACACAGGCAGACAAGCAGACACACGGGCGUGAAACGGUCGUGUGCUGUUAGGCUGAGGCGUUGACGAAGCGCAAGUCGGUAGCCAAGGCCAAGACGAUGUCGGAGGAAGAAGAGGAACCAGAAGAGCCGGUGGGGUUAGAAGGCUCUGAGCUCCCCGUCGAUGAAGAGGAGACGGAUCAGCCGUCAGCUGAAGCAAAGGCGGAAGAGUCAGCCAAGGACGGCCAGGUGGUACUCAUCCCUCCUGACAAGCCGACACAGCAGGCCAUGCACUUGCGAUUAGAUAAGUCUGAGGUAAGCAAACACCGGCUCACCCACAUCAAGCCGCUUUGAGUUUGGUUGCCUGCCCGUGCCGCAGCUGGAGUUGCAGGAGAUGCGCGAGCACCUAAGAUACUAUGGCCGAAUCGAGGCCGUUCUCAAGACGGCCUGGAACAUAUCGAGACAAGUGAUCGCCAGGCUGGUUACCGCGCUCAUCCAGGACUUCGGUGGCAUCGACUCGAGCGCUGCCAAAGUGCCGCCGAUCAUGCUGCAAGUCGACCCACCCACCAUCGAUGUACGCACGCUACAAGCCAGCAAGCACAGACAUCGCUUUGCUCUUGUCCUGUUCUGGUCUGUACUGCAGGAGCUGAGUGACGCGUGGGAGGGCUUGAAGCAGCACUUUGAGGGUACAGACUUCGAGCUGACGUGGUUUGCCAACGAAGCACGCAAGAAGCUGGCAGACAUCCAGGAACGGGCCACGAUAGGUGCGGUCCGGCUCUUCGGUGUCCGGAAGUACCUCCGCAGCUUCACCGAGCACCUGGCGGGGGCACAGGACGAGGAGGGUCUCGUCGGACUGGACGAGGACCAAGACACCAGCCCAUCGGUCCACCCCGACAGGCAGAGGGCCGACACGGACAGCGCCACGGGAAGCAUCCUGCUCUCAGAUGAGGUAACAAACAAGACACGCAAGUGUGCAGAUACGUGGGCGUCUUGUGUUCCAUCCACAUACACGCAGCUCCUGAUGGAUAUCAUAGAGGGCCGUCAGCGGCUGGAUGGCGUUGAUGCCAACACGCGGAAGGAGAUUGCCCGUAUCCUUCGCGCCCGGCAGCUCAAGGGCCAGGCGGAGGGCAACGAGCUACUCACCCUUGCGUCCAAGAGCGAGUCCCUCCUCAUGACUGUCGAUGCUGCUGCGGACAGAUUCAGGGCAUCACUGAGGAGGAGGAAGCAAAAGGUGAUAAGGAGGAGUGUGUAUGAGAACGCCAACACUAGACACAUACAGAGUUAUUUUUUUCCUCAUCAGGGCCUGGUGCUGCCUGCUCCUGGCGCUAGUCAAGCGAGCAUAGUGGAUAUCGAGGCGACGCCCACACUGCUUGGGAGGGAAGAGAGCCUUGAGGAAGAGGACAAGGAGGGGCCUACCGCACCAUCGGCAGAGGUCUAUGCCGAGACCAAACGCGCAUAUCAUCAAGUAGGUGCCUCAACUACCUGAGCGGACUGGGUCAUGAGACGCCAUCGAUCACUUGGGGUUGUGUCUCUCAGGCCUUCUUGAUUCUGCCCGACGGUGCCGCCGAGGACUUCAUGUCGUACCUGCCUAUGCACACCAUAGAGCCGACGGAUGACAGCGAUGAGGGCAUUAUGCCGCCGCACAGGGAGGCGGGGGGAGACGUCAUGCCAGAAGAGGUAUGGAGGCGAUUGACUCGCCACUCCCAUCUGUGUUGUGUGUGCUCUACUGCGAACCAAUGAACAGCUGGGAGCCCCUCCGGUCCAUCUGCUGACUCAGUGGCACAGUGAGACGGCCGCUCAGCACGUGGAGCUACCAGAUGACGAGCCGACGGAGGUAAGUUUGCCGCCGCUGCAGAGCCCACAGCCUCCGUCCAUGGACGCGAAAGCGCCUCGAGAAGACAGGCUUCUCGAACAAAUGAGGAUCCUGUCGGUAAGUGCACGGAGACAUGUGACGUGCCGGCAGUCACUGCAAGUCGCUUCGGAUGCUUUCUAAGGAGGAGAACCGUUUGCUGAAGGAGCAACGACUGGCAAUGCUGCGACGAUACAGCAGCAAGUAAGCAGAGGACACGUGCCGCAUCACCCUUUCACCGACUACACAUCCUUCCACUGUUGCGUCGUGUCGCGGCCAGGCAACCGACAGCUGAGGAGGCAGAAGCAAUUCGCCGCCUUGUCGACGACCUGCAGGCAGCCCAACCCGGCGAAUCCGUAGAGAGCCUCUCGGACGCUGUCAAGUCGCCGGAGCUAGCCGGCGCUGCCGCCAGGCCCCUCCGCGCCAUGAGCUCUCUAAGCGACAUAUCAGAUUUCUUCCAGCAGACACCUGCCGUCCAAUUCAUCAUCGAGGGCAGCAAGAAGAAAACGAAAGACAAGAAGAAGAAAGAGGACAAGGACCGGGGGGAGAAAGAGGAGAAGACGCCUUCCUCCUCAUCAAUGGCAUCUUCUCGGCGUGGGACGCCAUCUCCCGCGCCGUCUCCCUCUGCGCCCAAAGGGAAGGACAGGGACAAAAGGCCGACGAAGCCCAAGGUCAGCCCGACUGCCAAGGAGAAAGAGGAGAGGCAGAAAGAACGGGCAAAGGAAAAGGAGAAGGAGCCGUCCGAGAAAGGCAAGGCGCGUCGCGAGAAGGACAAGGAACGGGGGAAGGACAAGAAGGAGAAACCGCGCCCGGACUGGAAGUAUGGUGCACCACGUGAUGGUAGGUCUGGAUUAAUUAACACACAUGAACCGACCAAGCUCGACCUCGCUGCGUCUUCCUGCGUGUCCUGCAGGUGCUGAUAGCACCACCCCCAAGCCCAUAUCGAAGAAGCCUGCUCGUGAGAAAUUGGAGCGCAGCAACACGCAACACAGUCUUGCGGAAGCUGCCGGCACAGUCCCAUCAUCAGAACGCCGUGAGAGCAUAGCACUACGACAGCAACUGACCGGCAAGAUGGACAAGGCUGAAAUCAAGGCCAAGCAGAAGAAGCUCCUCCACUCGCCAGGAAAGGCAAGGAAACCUGCACCAGCGAAACCGGCGGGUGAAGGUGAGGAGCCUCCAAUCGGACUGCUGGAUGAGGCGGACUUGAUGGAGGAGGAGUCGAGGCCGCCGUCGAGGAUGUGGUCGUUUCCAGAGGAGGCCGUCUUGAGGCCUGAAGAGGAGGAAGGCGAGGGCGAGGGGGAGGACAUCGAAGUAGAGUCGCCGAGUGCCACACCGAUGGAGAGGACGCCCAUGUCUGCGUCAUCUCAAUCGCCCAUCUUGACCCCUGCGUCGCCAGUGCCCGACCAUGCCGAUCAGGAGUGUCAGACGGAUCUUCUCGGCUCCGACCUGCCCUUCGCCCCUCAAGCUGAGGCCCCCGCUGAGGUACCGUCUCCUCCAUUGAUGCCCACCCGGAUGGACGGCCUGACCUUCGACAUGAUUGCGCGGCAAGUUGCUGGCUUCAUCCAAGAGACAACGGCUGCCAUUUCAAAGCAGGCGUCACGGGUGCUCAGCGACACGUCCCUUGCUAAGAGCCCCAAGCUGCCAAGGCCGGAUCAUCAUCCGCCCUCACCCCUGCCGGAACAAGAGAGCCCCCCCGCUGUCUCGCCACGUGUAUCGUCUGCACGCCACGACGUGGGAAGGCCUGACACUGUCAGCGAGGCGGGGGAGUCCGAAUACGUGACGGGCGAGCCAGCGAGAGUAGCAUUUAUGGUUACACCACACAAGGAGGAGGAGCGAGAAGUACCUGAAGCGGCAGAGCUGGAGUCCAUCGUUAAGGGCGCGCUGGCCCGGUAUGUGAUGGUCCCGAUGGAGGUGAGCAGUAUCGGCGUCAACACGGAUGACAGCAGGGGGGCUGAUUGGGAGAAGGCGACGCCCACCAAGUUGCUGUCGCCGGAAGAGCAGACACCGACAGGAAGAGAGAAGAAGAAAGUCAGCGUCCAGUUUGACACCACCAGCUUGAGCGGAGAGGACCUUGCACUCGGGGGCGCGCAGCUGAGUCUUCCGAUGCCGAGCGAGGAGAUAAUUGCGAGAUACAAGGAGGCGUGGCUGCUGCAAGAGAGGAUGAACCGGCCCGCACUGCCGUCACGAGCCACCCAGACCGAGAUUCUGUGGGGUGAGAUGAUCAAUCGAGUUGUCGAUAGUGUCACCAAGUACCUCACCAAGAUGCAAGUUGAGGGCGUCCCCAUCAAAGUAAGACAGUUGAACAAAAACCUGCAGUCAAUGCACACUCCGUGUCAAUGUCUCCUCUCUCUCAGCCGGGAGACACGAUUGACGUCCUGGGCGUGAAGAUCAACUCCAAAGCCCUCCGCGAGUCCGUCGACCAGGCCUUCCACCCACCUGCAGUGCCCGCCGGGGCCGGAGGCACGAAGGGGCGCACCAUAUCCCGCAAGCUCCCCGCCUCCCCACCCUCACUCGCCUUUGCGCAUGAGCAGUGGGAGAAGGACCGCAAAAGAAUGGAGAAACGGUUCCCGGUCCUCGGCUCGCCCCCCAUGCCCACGCCCCGUGCUCCCUCCGAGGGGCCGCCUGAAUACGCACUGGGCAGGUCAAUUGGCAGCGGCGAUAAGGCGGCCGCGAGGUCGUCCAUUGUGCUGGACAGGAAGCAGAGCAUGAGUGUAGUGGACUUGGAGAUGGAAGAUGUGGCGCCCGAGCCCGACGAAGGCGCCAAGCGGGAUAGCAUCGUGGUGAGCAGUGAAGCAGAGAAGAAAGAUACGUAUGCAAAUCGACUUGCCCCACCUGCAUGUGGUCAUCAGGUGGAUGCGCGACACGGCCUCGGUGGUCGCCGCGACCCCUACAAGAUGCAGCGCCUUAGGGCCAAGGUGGGCGCCCUUCCCAGGAAGCGCAGACACGGCCGACGAGCCAGGCGCAGACGUCGCAAGAGGGGCAUCUACGACGACAUUGGCGAGAGCGACGAAUCGGAGGAGAGUGUCUCGGAGACAGAGGAGGCCACAACCACCACCGAAGAGGAGGGACUCGGAGGCUGGGGGUCGCUCGCUCUUACGGGGCAACAGCCUAAAGGCAAGCCCAAGACCAACGCGGUAAAGUAUUUCGGCCGCGAGAAGGUCAAAAAGGAUGCUCUGCCGGACAAGUCGUACAAGCGGCGGCUUCAGGCCCUGAAGCGACUGAGGAUAUGGAACGACCUAUGGGCGGCACAUCUGUGGCGGCUCGGAAGCGUCGCAGACGACGCCACAACCAACGAACUUAGUUAUGAGGACUUUAGCAGAGUGAGCCAUACACAGAGCAUCAUAAGCAUGCAUGGGCGCGCCACUUUUCCCCUGACCUCUUUCUGUCUGUCUUUCAGUGGUUCUCUCGGGAGCUGCGAAUCCCCGGCGUAGAGGGCGGCGGCCGUGCUCUCGCCGAGUACGAGGCGGAGCCGCCUACCCCUGUCACCCCCCUGUCCCUCGACCGCCUGCAGCAGUUGGCCCGCAAAGCCAUGCUUCAACUGGCGUGGACGCGGUGGCAACGACCCACACCAUCCACUCCCCCGCAGACACAGCGAGACAUGGGGGGCACCGAGGUGCUGCUGGUGAAUGCACUCCGCAAGGGGGCUGAGGGCAAGCGACAGCCGGCGGCAGCGGUCAAAAAAGAGGCGAGGCUGAAGGGCAUGAGUGUGCCACCAAGGGAAACUGGCGUUAAAGAGGAGUCGCCGAAGACCAGGCUGACGGGUGAGGGAGGAGUGCUGUCGACGGCACCCGUGUGGACUGUGCCGCGUGCCAAGGUGCGAGAGAAGCCGCCACCGCCGAUGACGGAAAUCUCAUCGGGCGAAAGGUGAGUCGUGCAGCCUGGGAUGAGAAACUCGUACCAUUACUCAACCAAGUCAUAUUAUGUUGCUCCUUGCAGCUCGCGCGUCGCGCCUCCGCACGUGGGAGACACGUCAACGGAUCACGAGUCCGUCCUCGAGUACACCGGCUCUAUAGCCGGCCAGCCGGUCCCCCGCGCCACCCUGACCCGCCCUCCUCCGCUCCCUCAGUCCCCAGUCGAGCCCCCCCACGUGCCUAUCCCAUCGAGCACCCUUGGUGGCUCAACCAAGUGGAUAUCGCCUCCUAUCACACACACCGGGUGGACACGCAAGAGCGACCUGAAAGCCUCGCCGCCCACACACACUCUCGGGCUGAAGGUCACGUCAGAGCCCAACAGGGAGGGGGGCGCCACCGACCAGAUUCGUGACAGCAGAGACAUGGCCAUCACCGACAUGCUGCCUCUGCUGUCUGAACGUGGAGGCAUGCCUGCACGGAUGCUGGGUGCGUCGGAACGGUUCAAAGCUCCGGCAGGCGAGUCAUUCGCCGAGUGGAUCAAGCGCAACAAGAAAAAACCUACCCAAGGGAAAGAGACAGAGGCGGGAGGGCGAGAGAGGAAUGGCAAUGGCAAUGAAGACGCAUCGCCGACCGACAGGCGACCGAUGCGGCGAAGACCAGGGCGCAGACUGGUCAUCAGCACCUCCAGAGACGAGGCGGAUAUGCAGGUGGACGGCCAGUCGGCUGCUGAGGCCGACGAGAGGUCUCCCGCGAUGCAAAUUGGCGCCGGAGCUAUGCAGAUUGGCGGCAUGAGCUUACCGAGCCCCUUGUCGAAAGCAAUGAAGGGCGGAUUUAGACGGGUCAACUACCGUGCGCCCUUCAACAGCAUGGUGCCGACACCAAGCGUGGCAGACCUGCACAGCCACGUGGGGGAUAACGCAUCGGAGACGACGGUAGACAAUAAGGGCAUGGUGGAUAUCAUCGCUUCCACAAUGGGGAAAGUCAUCAAGGAGAGAGAGCAGACACUGGGGUGAUCGAUAGAGAUUGAGGCUUGGGGUGAUGCGGGCUGGGCGGCAGAGACACGGGUUUGUUUGAUACUGGUCUGGGUUCGUGUGAGAUGAAUUGUCAGAUGGAUUUAUCUGGACUGAGC